AACGCCGCCGCCGCUAUGGCCACGCCGCUGUCCACCCGCGCGGGCGGCGGGCCCGCCACGCCGCUGUCGCCCACGCGCCUGUCGCGGCUGCAGGAGAAGGAGGAGCUGCGGGAGCUCAAUGACCGCCUGGCGCACUACAUCGACCGCGUCCGCGCGCUCGAGCUGGAGAACGACCGGCUGCUGCUCAAGAUCUCGGAGAAGGAGGAGGUGACCACGCGCGAGGUGAGCGGCAUCAAAGCGCUGUACGAGUCGGAGCUGGCGGACGCCCGCCGGGUCUUGGAUGAGACAGCCCGGGAGCGCGCCCGGCUGCAGAUUGAGAUCGGGAAGCUGAGAGCUGAGCUGGAGGAGGCCAACAAGAGCGCCAAGAAGCGGGAGGGUGAGCUCAUGGUGGCCCAGGGUCGGGUCAAGGACCUGGAGGCCCUGUUCCACCGCAGCGAGGCGGAGCUGGCCGCCGCCCUCAGUGACAAGCGCAGCCUUGAGAGCGAUGUGGCCGAGCUGCGGGCCCAGUUAGCCAAGGCAGAGGAUGGCCAUGCUGUGGCCAAAAAGCAGCUGGAGAAGGAGACGCUAAUGCGCGUGGACCUGGAGAACCGCUGCCAGAGCCUGCAGGAGGAGCUGGACUUCCGCAAGAACGUGUUUGAGGAGGAGGUGCGAGAGACGCGACGGCGGCAUGAGCGCCAGCUGGUGGAGGUGGACAGCAGCCGGCAGCAGGAUUAUGACUUCAAGAUGGCUCAGGCACUGGAGGAGCUGCGCAGCCAGCAUGAUGAGCAAGUGCGGCUCUACCGGCUGGAGCUGGAGCAGACCUACCAGGCCAAGCUGGAGAACGCCAAGCUGAGCUCUGACCAGAAUGAUAAGGCAGCCAGUGCGGCCCGCGAGGAGCUGAAGGAGGCCCGCGUGCGGGUUGAGUCCCUCAGCUACCAGCUCUCCAGCCUCCAGAAGCAGGCCAGUGCAGCUGAGGACCGGAUCCGGGAGCUGGAGGAGACGAUAGCCGGGGAGAGGGACAGGUUCCGGAAGAUGCUGGAUGCCAAGGAGCGGGAGAUGACGGAGAUGCGGGACAUGAUGCAGCAGCAGCUGGCCGAGUACCAGGAGCUGCUGGAUGUGAAGCUGGCCCUGGACGUGGAGAUCAGUGCCUACCGCAAGCUGCUGGAGGGCGAGGAGGAGAGGCUGAAGCUGUCCCCCAGCCCGUCCUCGCGGGUGACCAUCUCCCGGGCCACCUCCAGCAGCAGCAGCAGCAGCAUGUCCACCGCGGGGCGCCCGGGCCGCAGCAAGCGGAAGCGGCUGGAGGUGGAGGAGGCGCUGGGCUCGGGCUCGAGCGGCAUCGGCACUGGUGGCAGCUCCAGCAGCGCCAGCAGCUUCCAACUGGCGCAGCAGGCGUCGGCCACCGGCAGCAUCAGCAUCGAGGACAUCAACCUGGAGGGCAAGUUCGUGCAGCUGAAGAACAACUCAAACAAGGACCAGUCUCUGGGUAACUGGAGGAUCAAGAGGCAGGUGGUAGAAGGGGAUGAAAUCGCCUACAAGUUCACUCCCAAGUACGUUCUUCGGGCUGGACAGACGGUCACGGUGUGGGCCGCAGGGGCGGGGGUGGCACACAGUCCUCCUGCCACGCUCGUGUGGAAGAGCCAGAACAGCUGGGGCACAGGCACGAGCUUCCGGACCAUCCUGGUCAAUGCUGACGGAGAGGAGGUGGCGAUAAGAACCGUGACGCAGUCCUCGGUGCGGGAGACCGAGAAUGGGGAGGAGGAGGAAGAGGAGGCCGAGUUCGGCGAGGAGGAUCUUUUCCACCAACAGGGGGAUCCGAGGACCACCUCUAGGGGCUGCCGCGUGAUGUGAACGGAACACUCCCUGUCUACGCGUCUUUCUCUUUACCCAGAGCCACUGAAAAUUAUUUUUAUAUCAUUGGCUUUCUUUAGUCCUUGAUACAUUUCUAGAGAAUUUUUAAGCAACUGCCAGGACAUGGGAGGGGUCUCUGGAUCUUUGUCGUCUUUGGUUCCUCAGACCCUCCCUCCAUCACCGCUGUCCGGGGGGCACUGUUCGCCCCAUUUUACCACCUGGUUGAAUUCGAGGCCCAGGGCCAGGAACCUACAGGCUAAAAGGGAGAUAGGUGGGUCAGGCUGGGGACCCUGCUGGGGGCUAGGAGGGGGCAGGGACAGGCCCCUUGGGCCUUGAGGUAGACAGAGUCUGAAACUGUUAAGGGAUUCAAUAUUCUCAUUUCUGCUUUUAAGCUUUUGAAAACCAAAUUCAGGACCCAGGUUAUGGCCUGGGAAGGGGGCGCAGGGGUUAUAAACAAGCCUGCCGAGUUCCGUUGCUCUGUGUCAGCGUCUCUGGGUCAGGUGUUGAAGCAGCUGGGACGCAGUGGGGCAAGUGUUUGCCGCCUGGCCUGGCCUCCCAGGGCUCCUUGUCGCCACCGCUUUGUCGGCUGGGGUGGCAGAUGGGGUUUCUCUGCCUGACCAUCGGGCCAUUCUCCAGGCUGGGGGUCGCCUGAGAUUCCACCCUUGGCUGCCUGACCGUCACACUUCAGGGCCUUGGUUCAGGAGCUUUCUGUGGUCCCUAACGCUGCAGCUCCCACAGGGCAGGAGGGGAGGACACCGGGAUGAGGGACAGACCACUCUUAGACUUGACGCCGAGGUCAUCAGAGAGGGUACUGUCUGAGGGAGCAGAUGGGACAGGCCACCUCAGUGACCUCAGACACACAUACCCCACGUUUCAGAACACAUGUCCUCACAGAACACAGCCAGCUGUGACACCGCCUGCGGGACGCUGGCUUAGGGUGACCUCGCUUCCUUCCCCGCUGCCCAGCUCCCCUGGUCCAUGUAGCGUGGGCUGAGCAGCACCACCUCUCCCCUAGCCUGGACGUACACACAUACACACACACACACACACACACACACGCCCAUCCCGUAGUUUCCAUCUGUAGCUUCCUCGCUGAAGUGGUGUUUCUCAGAUGUGCAAAUGCCAGUUGGCCCCUAAAUCGAUGGCUCCGGAGCUCCCAGCCCCUGCCCCCCUAGCUGCUAGGCCCCCCACUGACCUCGCCUGCAUCUGCAUUUCCGUUGACGCCCCUCCUACUCAGAUACACAGAAGUUAUUUUUUUAAUGGAUAUUUAUUUUUUUACAUUGGUCAGUACGCAGAUCGCUGGGAUCCCACAUCAGGGUCCAAGGGCAGGCUCCAAGCCCCCAAACGGCAGACUCCCUUCAGAAAGCGCAGCUCAAGUCUUAACGAUGCCGCACUGAGCCAUGGGUGUGUGCUGUCCCCUGGGCGGAGGGGUGUCCCUGGCCCCCCCCAGGGGUGAUAGGGAGUGCUUGCAAAAUAGCUCUGCUUGCCCUGGGCGCCCCCCAUCUUCCUUUGCUUCUGCUCUGCGCCCCCUCCGUGUCUGCCUUCCUCGGGGAUUGCUGGUGGUGAGGAGGAAGCCAAGGCUGAGUCCCAGGCCAGGAACAGCCGGUGCUGCUCCUGCAUCUGGCAUUUGCUGGCCACCUCCUGCUUCUAGUAGUGGGCUCACCAUGGUGACCCUAAGUUCCCUGGGCACAGUGCUCUUGGUACAAGGAGGUGUGUGUCACCCAAACACUUCCUGGGGCAAGGCCCAGACCUCGUGACACAUCUGUGCUCCAUGUUGGUUUACCAGGGCCUCCUGAAGCUGCGUGGCUCCCCUCCCCACUGGUAGGGCAGAAACCAUGUGGGCCUGAUAUGCUGGCUUUGAUGUUUCAGGAGGUUCUGGAGGGGAAAGCCUGCCUGGGCUCAACCCCUCCUUCCGUGUUCCUGGAGCCUAAGCUGGUUGGUGGAAUUUGGGCCUGAGAUUCCCUAGGCUCAAAGGAAGAGUGGGCUCCCCACAAGUCCAGAUGGGCUGGGCAGCGCUCUUGCCCGGAAGCUCAUCCACAGGCCUGCAUGUGCCCUGCAGCGUCUUGCUUCCUACCCCAAACAGAGCCUCGUUCACUGGCUGGGAUAGUCCAGGCACCUGCCGAGGGUGCCCCUGGCUGGUGGGGAUAGGUGGGCUGGGUGGCCAGUGGUGACUGGUGUUAACUGAUGGUGGUCGUUAGUAAGCAAGUAUUUGGAAACACAGCUGAAUCCAAUUUGUAAUGCGUGACUGUGGCCUGGGAAGCAGAAUUUGUACUUGUCCUCAGACAGGCUUAACUUUAUGCCACUUGCGCAAACAUGAUUCUUUUGGAUAAGCCCAUAUCACAUGACCCCGAGUACAGUCCCUUUCUUGAAAUGUGGAGAUCUAGAGAGAAACCACUUCGGCCAGCUUUCGAUGAGGGAAGUGGGGGGCCUCCUGGGCUUGCAGGGCUGGGGUUAGGGAGGGCAGGGUGCUGGGGAUAACACUCUCGGCUCCAAGGAGGGUCUGACCUAGGACUUGAUCAUGCAGCCAUCUCAGAAUAGGUUUGUAUUGGGUUUGUUUUUAUGUACACCUCAAACCGCAGAGGUUCUGUUAAUAUUAAAAAUAACGGAGUGGGACGGCAGCCCUCAUGGAGGUUGCUACUUAAGAGCCAAGUCCCUGCAUCGCUGGAGAGUCGGCACACCUUGCAAAGAAAUGGGGCUGCAGGAACAAGGGACUGGAUCUCCGAGGCUGUCGGUGGUUUUUAAGAAGAUGCAUGCCAAAUGUGUGGUCCUGUUCUGUUUUCCCUCCCGAUGAUUUGUAAUACGCGUUUUAUGACUGGAAACACUUUUGUACAACACUCUAAUAAACAUUUUGAUUUUAA